AUGGAUUCUACAAGUGGAAAUGGAACCGGAUGGGCAAACUGGGGUCACAAUGAUCCUGAUAGUGAUUCCAGUGUAGAAGAAGAUGGAACUGAAGACAGUUCAGACAUUUUCCACAGUGCAAAGUCCAAUAUCAGUUCAACAAAAUCUGCCUCUAAAGAAACUGUUGGAUCUGAGUAUGAAACUUUGUGGCGAAACCUUGAAAAGACCAAAAUUAGCGACUCCAAUGAUGAUGAUAAAAGGACAGGGCCGCCAUGGGAACUAUUUGAACGUUCAGACAUCUUGACAAAUAUUCAACACAGAGCAUCUAGUCAGCUUCCACUAUGGACAGAUACAGCAACAGCUGUAAACUUACCAUCAAAAACUCCUGAAGUCAAUAAAAUAUUUGCCAAACCCGUUGAAUCAACAGAAUUUGAUACCAUGGACAUGGAAAAAACAAUUGGAAUAGGGCCUAAAAAUAGGGAAGGAACAGCUUAUAGAGCCAAAAUUCAAGAGUCAAUAGCACCAGAUACACUAGAGUCUUCAUUUGAUUUUAGUUUGAGACAGAGCAGACCUUCACGACCUUCUUCCAAACCAAGUUCACCAAGGGAGAUAAUUGCAAACAGGUUUAAAGAGCAAUUUGGGGAUUUGAACACAACAGUUCCUGAAGUUGCAGCAUGUGAUUUAAUACUAGAUCCUAGAAACACCCAGUGGAUCACUAAAGAUGAAGAGAAUAUUGACGAACAAGUGAAAGGUGUGAAAGUACCCACAGGAGGUGAAGAUGAUCUUACUGACUCUUUAAGCAUCCCAAGUCUUGGCUCCAGUGGAAAAGGUCAAGCCAGAUAUCUUGAAGCAACUAAAUCCAAAAACCGUGAAAGAAUUACUAGUGUCGUCAAUCCAACAUUUUUAACUCAGAAUUCAAAGACCGAGUCAAGAGGUCACCAGUGUUCAAAUAAGCAGCAGUUGUCAAAUGCAGAAUUCAAGUCCAUUAAUGGUCUUCAUAAGAAUGCAGACACCGGUGCUUUUUCAUUAGACUCUUGGGAAAGCUCUGUCACAGAUCCUCCUGGUGCUGGUCCUCAGAAAAAAUCAGGAGGUUCGAAGGUAAUAAGGUCAUCAGACUCUUGGGAAAGCUCGGUCAAAGACACUUCUGGUGCUGCUGUGCAAAAGAAAUCUGGAAGUUCCAAAUGUAUGCGUGAAGUACCUUUUUCAAAAGACUUUGGGGAAAGCCCAGUAAGACAUUCGUAUGGCAGCCUUCAAACGAAAUCUGGAAAUUCCAACAGUGCUUCAGAAGUAACUAAAUCCUUAGACAUUUCUGUUCCUAACCACAACAGAAACAAUUUAAAAACUGUGCCUAGAGAACAACUGGGUUCACAUAAAAUCAGCUCUGAGCAUCAAGAAAUCUUAGAUUUGGUCUCAAGUCAGGAGUUACAAGGUAUUUCAGACAGAUCCAUCCAAUUUGACUUACAAAAUCAUCCAGCAUUGAGUUCCCUUACUGGGGAUGUUCCUACAAGACUUUCUGUAUACAAAGAUGGUGAUGGUUACUCUAGCAGUGUCCGUGAAGCUUUGGAAAUGUCAAAGAUCCCAAAUGCCAAAACCGAGCAGCUCCAACAAGAGGACAGAGUGGAAAUAUAUUCAAUACAUUCAGAUAAUUCAUACGCCAGAUCAAUUGACAGUCGUAGCUCUGAUGCUGUGAAUUGCGUGGUGCCAUAUGAUAAUGGGAUUAUGGCGAUUCCGAAAUCCCAGCAAACCAAUGUUAAUAUCCAAAAAGUUACGAAUUUUACUCAUCAACAGUUAAUAACAGAUGAUGGAACAGAGCUUUUAUUAAGACACACAGAAGAUGUAAUGGAGGAUGUAAAGAGUUAUUUUGAUAUUUCUGAAACCAAAGCCUGGCAGAGUGUUCUAAACACAGACAAAAUAGCGUUUGUGGUUGGUUUUUCGGAAUAUUUUAAGAAAUCGAUUAUUUUAAAAUUUUACGAGAAAUACAGGUCUCGGGUUGAUGUAUUUAGAUUGAAUGGUCCUGAAGAUUGGAAGAUUUGUUACAAGAGAUCAGAGCCUUUUGCAAUUUUCAUAGAAGAUGCUUUUGGACCUCUUGGUACCGAGUUUAAUAGUAUUUCUCACUUAAUCAAAGAUCUAUCAACUUUAAGAAAUUUAGAGGCAGCACUUUUUACGAUGAAUCGUCUUUCAUUCGAGCAAACCAAACAAAGUCUUAAAAAGUGCAUGAAACGUGAAUUAUCUGAUUACGUUGUCCAUUUGGAAAAAGAAGAUAUAUUGAGUGAAGAUGAUAAACGUGUAAUUCUGAAAAAGUCUUUCGAACUUGUGAAAGUUGAUGGUCGCUCUUUGAAAAAAACGAACAAUGACGGAACAAUUUGUUUUGAAAAUUUUAUUGAUGACAUAUUGGGUAUGGCAGAAAAUCCUAUAUUUUUAGAUACUUGUGAAGAAUUUGUUAUUUACAGCAGACACGAUGAGAAUGUGCUUCAAUUUUUUUCCUUGCCAUUGGAUUGCUUGGUCGAUGAUUUUAAGUAUUUGAAAGAAAAAUGGCCAGAUGGAUAUAAUAUGUUACGUUUAGUGGCAUUCCACGAGCUUACCAAAUAUUUAUCAAAAAACAUUGAUGGAAAUUUAUUACAGAUUUUAGAUCAAUUAGUAGGUUCGUACCUAAAAAUCCAAAACAAAGUAUCUGCUUUAAAAUUUGCCUUCCAACAUCGCAUGAUGCAAUAUGCCGUUUUAUGUACAGAAACUGAUAAGGCGUUCUUGAUCAACCAUUGUCCCAUUGGCUUUUUGGUCGAUGUCGUAGCGAAAAUGACUAAUAUGCGUAAAACUUCGUUUGAAAAUGAAAAUUGUAGCAUUGUUAAACGUUUCAUUCAAGAAAUUGUGAAAGGAAAGCAUGUGGCUACUGUUGUCAUCCAUGAAAUAUGGGAUUCAAAAGAAUUUAUGGAGGAUUUCAAACAGAAACUGAAAACAGAACUGUUUUCAACAAAUCACCAAAAUUGUUGGAGUGGAUUUUGA